AUGCGCAUACUUCAAGCAACUCAAGCGCAUGAGACAAGAAAGUCAAGCACAUACCUCAAGCGUUUUGCAUGAGUAAGAAAUUCAUGUGCAUGGAGACAAAUCUUGAGGUAUGUGCUUUAAAUGUGCUUGAAAAAAAAAGCUUCACUAGGAAGGUCUUUGAGAUUAUCUUCUUACCAUAGAAUUCUGCACUCAUGAUCCACAAUCAACUGACACACGAGAAAGGUAAAGAGUCUGUUCAUCUUGACGGACAGUUACAGAAUAUCAGAGAAAUGUCCGGACGAAACAAAGAAAAGAUCCAUAAAGUUGACACAACAGGCAAAUACCAAAAGCCUGUUCGAAUCGAACAAACCCAAUCUUCACAAACUGAGGCCGAGAAAAAUAUACGAACCGGACAAACAACCAGGAUUGAAAAUACUGAAGAACCGCCAUCAACUUUCAGGGGUUUCGAAACAAUGGGAUAUCAACAUUUUGUUAAAAAGAUCGGUCUACCCGACGACGACCAUGCUGCAUUUGGCGAGAGAACGGCCACAGCAGAACGAUUUCGAGAUCGCGAAUCGUCCGUACCUGACAAUUACUGGCGUUAUAGACGUGGACAUGCUGUCUACCACUGGCAUCCACCUGCACCGAGUUUUCGAAAUGUUCGACGGCUUCACUGA